AAAAUCUCUUCUUUUCGAGGCACGUAUCUAAAACGAAUAAACUCAGCAACAAAAAUAAUUAGUAAUAUCAUUAUAAUUAAUUAUUAUAAUUAAAAUUAUCCUACGCUCUUUAACCUUCUCAGUCUCUACCUACUGCGAGAUCCCGCCAAAACUGUACAUGUUGGUGCCCCUCAUUUACGUGCAUAUAUAUGUACAUUACUGCAUUCUUCUAGCAGCACAGUGCGCAUGCGCGAAAACGCGACUUCGCAGCAACACUGCGUACAUAAGAAGCUAGCGGUCUAGUAUACUAUAGAAGUCUGUGGUCGAAACAAGUCGAAAUGAUCCGAAGUGCUUGUGCUCCUUUUUUGUGCUGUAAUCUGCAGUGGCUACGUCAAUUCAGUGAACUCAAAAGUUUAUAGUGGUAGAAAAAAUAAAUUAGUGAGCGUAUGAUGAUAAAUAAUCUUAUAGUCUGAAUUUUUUGACAUAUAAGUUUUGAUAGUUUUCGAAUAUAAUAAACAUUAAAUAGUAUAUUGUACUGGGAACUGAAAGCCAAUUUUAUAACGAUGGCUGCAACAAGGGAAAGGCGUGUAAAUGCUGGCAAUAAAAUGGCAAGAUUGUUAAAUGAAGAGGAAGAAGAUGAUUUUUAUAAAACUACAUAUGGUGGUUUUGAUGAAGUAGAACAGGACCACGAUUACAUGGAGGAAGAUGAAGGAGAAGAUGAAGUAGAUUCAGAUUUUAGCAUUGAUGAGAAUGAUGAACCAGUUUCUGAUACUGAACAAGAAGGGCCAAAGAAGAAACGUAGAUUAAUAACAAAAGCUUAUAAAGAGCCUAAAUCUGUCACAUCCCAUGCUCAACCAACACUUAAAGAAAAAAAGAUCAAGCAAUCAAAACAAGAUAAAACUUUUCUAGAUUGUAUAGAAAGAAAAUCAAUACGUCGAUCUACAGCUGCAAAAUCAGCUGCUACACAAAAACGCCUGCGUGAAAGAACUGAAGACCAAAGAAGAAAGAUUAAAGUUGUAAAGCACACUGUAUGGAAACCAACACAGGAAGAGCUAUUGGAAGAAGCCUUACAAACAGAAGAAAUUAAUAUGAAAUCAUUGGAAAAGUAUCAGAAACUAGAAAGUGAAAAAAAGACUACGAGAACUGUGCGAAAAACACAUGUUGGGCCAAUGAUUAGAUAUCAGUCAUUGUCUAUGCCAAUUAUGAUAUUGUCUGAAACAUAUGUAGAAAAGAAAAGUGAAACAAUUAAUGUUGAAUGUGAUGAGAACAAAAUAGAUAAAGCCUCUAAUAAUACAAGUUCUGACAUUUCUUUAAAGGAAAAAAGUGGAAUAGAAUUAAAAGUGGAUGAAAAAAAUAAGAAGGAAUCUGCGGAGUCGAAUUUAUCUGCCUCUGGUAAGACAGAUGUUCGUGCCGAAGAAACUGGGACUUUUUAUGAACGCACAUUUAUUACUUUUGAAAAUGAACAUUCAUUCCUUGAUGUAUUUAAGAAAUCCACACAACAAAGGCCUCCAUUAAAACCUUUAUGCGCAAUUACACGGUUGCCCGCUAAAUAUUUGGAUCCCAUGACACAAUUGCCAUACAAAAAUGUGCAGACAUUUCGACUUCUUCGAGAAGCGUAUUAUCAACAGAUAGAAGCUCGAAGUGAUAUUAAUGAUACCUCUCAAAGUCCAGAAUUAUUGCGAUGGCUUGAAUGGCGACAAAAAAGUCACGGAAAUUCUCAGAGAAAUACUAUUCGUCUCGAACCAGGAGCUUUACCUGCACCUCCAUAGCCUUUCUUAAUUUUAGGUAGCAGUGUGAAAAAAUAAAAAUAAAUUUAUUGUUUAUUAUUCUUAUUUACUCUUGACCUGCUAAAAGGUAAAAACAUUUACUCUCUAUGUGUACAUAUAUUUAUAUAUCAAAGUCUACUCAUGUUAAUAAGUGAUGUUUUGCUGUACAUUUUCUUUAAAUAAGAUAAUGAUUAUUAAACACUGUUUUGUAUAAGGUAGUCUCUUUUUGCAGUGUGACAUUUGUAUAAUUUCAUUAUUUUCUAUUUUACGUUUUGUCAAGGAGGCGAUUAGUUUUGUCACAUUUAUUACAGCAGAAAAAUGUGUGAAAAUUACAUUUUGUAAGCAUUUAAAAAUUAUAAACAUUGGUCUUUUAAAAGCAAAGUUGAUAUUUUAUUAAUAAAACAACGAAAUACACAAGGCAGUAAUAAUA